AUGGCAGAGGAAAGAGGUCCUUUCGGCUUCCUACAGGAGGGAGGGGUUUGCCAAUCCCUGCGCAGUAGAGUAUUGAACAUGGCAGGCCCAAAAUCUGAGGUGAAGGCCAGCACACGGGCAUCCAGUGGUCCCGCCUCCGCUGCCGCCAAGGGGCCGCCCAAGUUCAAACAGAGGAACACUCGCCAGUUCAAGAGCAGGCCCCCGAAGAGGGGAGUUCUGGGAUACGGGGAGGAUAUCCCUGGGAUGGAGGGCUUAGGCACUGACAUCACCGUCAUCUGCCCCUGGGAGGCCUACAGCCACCUGGAGCUGCACGAGCUGGCUCAGUACGGCAUCAUCUGA